AUGGAUCAAUCAUAUAAUAUUGAACUACGAUUUAAAGAAGAUGAAGCUUAUCUACAGAAUACAUUAUACAAUACAGUACCGAUGAUUAUUCACGGCAAUGGUCCCGCAAAGCUGGUACUAAAUUCUCUCGGAAAUUACUUGGCAAAAGCCUGGAAUCCAGAGGAGGGUUGUUUAAAUUGCUGGGAUAAUACAAUAGAACUUUCAGAAGAAGAACAACAUACUUAUCCGCCUAUUUUAAUAGCCAUUUUUAUCGACAAAGCUACUCCAUUUCUCGAAGAAUUUUUGAACAAAAUCUAUCGACAAACAUACCCCAAGUCUAAAUUGCAUUUAUUUGUUUACAAUAACGAAGUAAAUCACGAGAAAUUGGUUCAAAAUUGGAUUGACAAAUUCAGCGGUCAAUAUAAAAGCAAGAAAGUUAUCUCUCCAUCGGAUCAAAUUGAUCCAGCAACUGCUAGAGAUCUUUCUCUUAACUACUGCUUACUAAAAGAGUGCUCUGGACACUUUUUCAUCGAAUCAGUGGCUCAUCUAGACAACGAGCACACCCUGAAGCUUCUCGUGGAACAGCAGAGGUCAAUCGUGGCACCUUUACUAUUAAGACCUGGACAAAGUUGGAGUAAUUUCUGGGGAGCUGUCGCCGAUAACGGAUACUACGCCCGCAGUUCAGAUUACAUGGAAAUAAUUGAAAAUAAACGCCGAUUUUUAUACUUACAUUUAAUAUCGCCGAGCCGAAAACAUGAAUGGAUGCAACCCGAUGGAACCGCUAAGCCACAGUGUCAGAGUGUUAUCAAUCUCAAUUGGAUAAUUAUACACAACCAAUUGCUAGUUGGAGGACUGUGGAAUGUACCUUACAUCGCCAAUUGCUACCUAAUGAACGUGACAAUCAUAAGCCACGCAGAGACCCGGCCUGUUUUCGUAGCCAAUGAGUUGGAUCCAGACAUGUCUUUUGCUAUCACCAAUCGUCAGAAGGGUAUAUUUAUGUACGUCAAUAAUCGUCUGGAGUUUGGUCAUCUGGUUAAUCCAGAGACUUACAAUAUUCAAUACACCAACCCGGAUUUGUAUGAAUUAUUCAACAACAAAAUUGACUGGGAGAAUCGUUAUCUUCACGUUAAUUACUCCAAUAAUUUUGAUGAAGACAAUAAGCCUGCCCAGCCAUGUACAGAUGUGUACCGAUUCCCCAUAGUCUCACCGAGAUUCACCCGAGAAUUUAUUGAGAUUAUGGAAGCAUUUGGUCAAUGGUCUGAUGGAUCAAACCAGGAUAAUCGACUGCAAGGCGGUUAUGAAAAUGUACCAACGCGUGAUAUUCACAUGAAUCAAGUCAAUUACGAACGACAAUGGUUGCAUUUCCUGAAGGAGUAUGUCCGACCGCUGCAAGAGCUUGUUUUCCUUGGCUACUUCCACGAUGAUGAUCGACUUGACAGUGGGUAUGAACCAGUUCCAACGCGCGACAUUCACAUGACCCAAGUGGGUCUUCAUGAAACCUGGCUCGAGUUUCUAAGGAUCUAUGUAAGCCCUUUACAAGAAAUGGUUUUUCUCGGAUACUACGACUAUCCGCCAAAAUCAUUGAUGAACUUCGUCGUGAGGUACAAACCAGACGAACAACCUUCGCUGAGACCACACCACGAUAGCUCGACGUACACAAUAAAUAUUGCGUUAAAUAAAGCCGGAGUGGAUUACGAAGGUGGCGGCUGUCGAUUUAUUCGUUACAAUUGUUCAGUCACUGACACCAAACCUGGCUGGAUGCUGAUGCAUCCCGGACGAUUAACUCACUAUCAUGAGGGUCUAUUAGUUACUAAAGGAACUAGAUACAUCAUGAUAUCUUUUGUCGAUCCGUAA